CCCACUGUUUCCAGUUUCCAAAGUUUUCUGGUAAAUAUGGAUAAAAACACAAACUUAAUCAAUCAGAUUCAUAAGUGCUUGUUACCAAAACUUUCUAAAGGAAUAGAUGAAACAGAAAAUCCCAUUGAAUAUGAAAUUAGACUUAAAAAUCUAAGAGACAAUCUGGAUAAACUAAAUAUUUUAUUGAAUGAUAUAGAUCUCAGAGAAUGUCCUGUUAGCUCUACAAUAUUGAGUAAUAUCAUAAUAUUAUAUGAAGAAAUAAAAAGUACUGGUAAUUGGAAUACUGAAGAAUGCAAGGAGUACAUAAAGCCUUUAGAUAAAUCUUUUGAAAUUUUAUAUGGUUUCCCAUUAAAUCAAAUCUUGUAUAUAAAUAUUUUUGAUAAGAAAGAUAUUUUCAAUGUAUGCAUUAAAAUUCUACAUGAAAAAAUAACUGUAGACAGUCUAAAGAAGUAUCCAAGCCUUGUAGAAGUUUAUUCUUCAUUAGUAGAAAAAGUAAAGGAAUAUGAUGUUGAUGUUAAUCCGAGUACAGUAUUACCAUUAUCUUUAAUAUUAAUGGAUGAUUAUUUAGAAAGCAAUAAACUGAAGGGAUUACGGUGCUGUUCAGCAACAUUGAGGUGUUUGACAACAGAACAUUUUAUGCAAGGAAAUUAUUAUGAAGUAAUAUAUUGUAGCCUUAAAAAAUUAACAACUGAGAAGAAUAUUGAAAUUACAAAACUCAUCUUUGAAUGCCUCUUACAAUUACUACAAGUUCUGCCUUCUGACCCACAGUAUCUGAAACUAGAAGACGUAUAUGCAGUAAUUUUAGAUGAAUUGUAUAUAACAUCGAAUCUCUAUAGGAAAGCGGAAUGUUUUAAGUUUACCAAAUGCAUUAUACAGAUGCAUGGUGUGAAUUGUGUCAGUAGAAAGAUGUUUUUGUCUAUAAUAAUAGAUAACCUUGAUGUUUGUACUAAUGAUGCUGUUGCCGAUAUAUUACUGUCGGAGACUUUGGAGUGUCUCGAGACUUGGAUACGGUAUUGUUGGUGCAUUUGGAAAUUAUCAUCAGACCACAAAGUGCUCUCUAUUCUAUUCAAAGUUUUAUAUACAUGUAAAGAAAAGUGUUUGUUGUCAAAAAUUCAAAACCUAAUACAGACUUUGAUUUCUUUGUGUAAUGUUGAAGACCAGAAAAAGAUUCGGAACAGUCUUGAGAUAUCUCCAGAAAUGACAAACCCCGACUUUAUUGAAGCCGUUCAAUCAAUUAAAAAUAAGAUUGUUGUAUAAAAACUUUUUUCAUUAAAAGCUAUGGUAUAACAACUCGCUAAUCAGUGGUCGUAUUUUGAACCCGCACGGUUAGGUACCAGGUUCCUAUUCCACCUAUAUCUGCGCGAAGGAAUUGCGUUUCAGCUUAGUGACGGAUAACCGUUGCACUACAAGUGGAGAAAUCAAACUACUUCCUCAAGGUGGAUGGCGGCUUUCAUGAUAUCGUCAAAAGUGUUCGGUGACCACUCAAUACCAGACUGGUAACUUCGUAGCUGCUCAUCUGCAAUAAUUUAAAAAGAAAAUGAAGAAUGCAGAAUGUUAAAUCGAUCAUAAUGUUGAACUUCCAUCGAGAAUACUCAAAAGAUCAUGAAAUUCACCACGGAAAUGUAGAAACUACAAUCACAAGAAAAUGUAGAAGAAAAUUAAUCCCAAGUUAUUGACAUGUGAGAAAAGUGGUCGAAUACUGAAGAAGACAUACUGCUUGUAAAUGAAUGAAUUAAUUUUAUUUAUUUAUUUAUUACUAUUUGAAAUUUAUUGUACAAGAAACAACCUAGCAUAAAUGUGAGUAUUUGUUCCUGCAGACGAAAGUCAGAGUGAAAUAAAACAGCUUUUAGAAGAAGGAAAGUUAUAA